AUGCCUUACGCCGGAAAGCCUCUAUCCGACAUCGAGACUAAGGUCUCACAAAUUGUCUUCCUCAUUGCUGCAUACCGCCACCGUCCCCGAUCGCUUCUCCAAAUCGGAGACAUUGUCUCCAACAAGGAGGCUGUCCGUUUCAUCCUUCCAGCUUUCCCCUUCAAGGCUCCAGCCGAGGGAAGAAACAAGCGCAAGACACUAGGCCCUCUUCCAGACAAGGCCGAAGAGAUCGCCUUGCAGACGCUCAAUGGAUUCGCCGACUCUAUUGCCGAAAUCUACGAGGGCGGUGCCACCGUUGUGAUUGUGUCGGAUGCAUCAGUAUAUGGCGAUAUUCUGAACAUCGCCGACAGUGACGCUUUCGCUUAUCACCAAGAGCUGCAAAAGCUCGCCGCAUCUCUGGGCCUUCCCCAUCUGGAAUUCACCCGCCCUGGGGCCUUGGCCGGCAUUGUGCCACAGGAGGCCCAGACCCUUGAGGAAUACUCCGACUUUGUAACCAAGACCCGCAACCACCUCGACCACUCAAUCCCCCACAGCAACAAUCCCACCGCCUUGAAGAAUGCUAUGCUCCAGCGAGGCAAGGCCUACUUCACUCUGCUGGCAUCAGCUGUGCCAUCCGCCAUCCGCCUGUCAAUCCAUGAGUCCAACAACGUUGGCAAAAUCACUGUUGAUCUGUUCCCCCCUGCGAGUAACCCUGAUUUCAUCACCCCGUGGCAUGGGGCCUUGACACUGCUUCCCGACGCCAGCCUGCGCGUGGUCAACGCAUCCACCGUCGAUGUGACCGAAUUUGAGGUGGUCAACAACGCUGCAGGCCACCCAUGGUUGCUGCGUGCCAAAUGCGACCUCUUCAAUUGGCCAGGCAUGGAGGUCGACUUUGAACCGCUUUUCCCCUGCGGUAUGCAGGUCUGUCCAAAGGAAGGACACGGGCCCUUCAAGUUCGAGGACGUCGAUAUGAAGCGUGUCCGACGUCUUGCUCUAUCCCCUGCGCCUCUUCUCCUGCGUGGAUUCACAAUGGAAAUCGAGAAGGAGGUGUUCCGCGAGAAGGCGCGUCAGCUUGGUGAGAUCCAGCAGUGGCCGUUUGGUGAUAUCCUCGAGGUUCGCGAGAAUGCAGACAUCAACAUGAACAACGUGCUCACGCGCGAGGCUAUGCCCUUCCACUACGAUGGUGUGUUCAAGAUGGUCCAGAAUGAGAAGACCGGCGAAUGGAUCUCCACGCCGCCUCUCUUCCAGAUGUUCCGUAACCGCGCGGCCUCGCAGUCCGAGGGUGGUCUCACGCUCUUUGCGUCGUCACGCAACCUCCUGCCGCUCCUCGGGCCCGACACCAUUUCUCUUGAGGAACUGCGCUCGCUGAAAUGGAAGACUUUCACAGAAGCCAACGAUGCCUUCGGCGGCCAUGAUUUGCACCUGCCCUUCAUCGUCGCCCACCCGGAGACCGGUGCCGAUACUUUCCGCAUCCACGAGCCCUGGCCCGAAUCCAAGUGCAUCGCUGGAAGCAGCAAGCCGACUAUCGUGCAGGUCGUUGGCUGGUCUGAGGCUGAGAGCGACGCGCUAUGCGAGAAGCUUACGGCUCUGCUGUACGAUCACCGGGUCGUAUACCGUCACCAGUGGAAGGCUGAUGACUUCGUCUUCAACGAUAACGCUACCACCCACCACACUCGCACAGCAUUCACUGAGGGUCACCGUGAGCACUGGCGUGUGCACGUCAACUAG